CUUCCAUCACCUUCUCCAGCAUCUACAGCACUCUCAGAUGACCAGAAGGAGUUCCAGAAAGUUGCCUAUGGAUUUGCUGUGAAUGAAUUGGCGCCACACAUGACGGAGUGGGAUCAGAAGGAAAUCUUCCCUGUGGAGACAAUGAGAAAGGCUGCACAACUUGGGUUUGGUGGGAUUUAUGUUCGCCCAGAUGUCGGUGGAUCAGGACUGUCACGACUGGACACUUCCAUCAUAUUUGAAGCAUUGUCAACAGGCUGUGCAAGUACCACCGCUUACAUGAGUAUUCAUAACAUGUGUGCCUGGAUGAUUGACAAGUUUGGGAAUGAGGAGCAGCGCCACAAGCACUGUCCCACAUUGUGCAGCAUGGAGAGCUUUGCUUCCUACUGUCUCACUGAGCCAGGAAGUGGCAGUGAUGCAGCUUCACUAAUUACUACAGCAAGGCGAGAAGGGGAUUACUACAUCCUCAAUGGCUCAAAGGCUUUUAUCAGUGGUGGAGGCGAUGCUGACCUGUAUGUGUUGAUGUGCAGGACUGGAGACAAAGGUCCUAAGGGCAUUUCUUGCUUGUUGGUGGAGAAAGGUACACCUGGACUCAGCUUUGGCAAGAAAGAGAGAAAGGUUGGAUGGAAUUCCCAGCCGACUCGAGCUGUGAUCUUUGAAGAUUGUGCUGUACCCAUUAGUAACUUGAUUGGACGUGAAGGUGAUGGGUUUUCCAUUGCAAUGAAUGGACUAAAUGGAGGAAGGAUUAAUAUUGCUUCAUGCUCAUUAGGUGCUGCAUAUGCUUCUAUUCUUCUGGCUCGAGAUCACCUCAAGGUCCGCAAGCAGUUUGGGGAACCUCUUGCCAACAGCCAGUACCUGCAGUUUAAACUGGCUGAAAUGGCGACCGGACUGGUGGCAGCUCGUUUGAUGGUACGCAACGCUGCCGUAGCACUCCAGGAGGGUCGGCAAGAUGCCGUGGCCCUUUGUGCAAUGGCCAAACUCUUUGCAACUGAUGAAUGUUUCACAAUCUGCAAUCAGGCGCUGCAGAUGCACGGUGGCUAUGGCUAUCUGAAGGACUAUGCUGUUCAGCAGUUUGUUCGCGAUAUAAGGGUGCAUCAGAUCCUGGAGGGUACCAAUGAAGUGAUGCGGAUGCUUAUCUCUAGGAACCUGUUCCACGACUAAUUUUACUGUGAAUGAGCACUGUUUUACCAAGUAGAAACAGUUCACUUUAUCGAUUAUCUAUCAUGUAAAGAAAGCUCAGAUAACAGCUGCAUAUCUUCAUGCAAAGAUUCAAAUCACUGAACUAGUAUGUCCUUGUGAAAACUAUUCCUGCACUCCAGUGUAAGGUACCUGACCAGUAAAAUGCAAAGUCAGUUUUUUUUCUUUCUAUUUUCUCCUUGGCUGUAUAACUUGAAUAGUUUUCAGGGCCUAAACCCAUAUGCAAGGAUAGAGAGAAGUACCUGGAUAGAUGAACUAUAAUAGCUCUGUAUUCUGUUUGUCGGUGUUAGUUCGACCACUAGCAGUUAGCACCAUUAGAUGUUUAAUUCCUUCAGGUAAUGCUUGGAGUGAAGUCUAAUAAAAAAUUGAAAAUAGUUUUUUGUUUUGUUUUACACUCUGUGAUGUCUACUUUUGCUAUAAUUUCAUGCACGAAUUAUAAGAAUAGAGCAACUUAAAAACUGGAUUUACAAAUGGGCAAUUGUGCUUGACAAAUGUCUGGAGUUUUUGAGGAUGUAACCAGUGGAGCAGGUGGAGGAGAACCAGUACUGGACUUCCAGAAAGCUUUUGACAAGGUCCCAUAUAAGAGUGCAACAUUAAAAUACUUGGGAUGGGGAUAAAGCGCUGACUUAGUUAUAGAACUGGUUAGCAGACAGGUAACAAAAAUAGGAAUAAAUGUGUCAUUUUCUGAAUUGCAGGCAGUGAUUUGUGAGGAAAAGCCUGGUCCUGUGUCUGGUCCCCAGCUAUUCACAAUAUGUAUUAAUGAUUUAGAUGAAGAAAUUAAAUGUAAACUCCAAGUUUGUGGAUGACACAAAGGUUGGAUGGGAGUGUGAGCUGUGAGAAGAAUGCAGAUAUGUUCCAGUGUGAUUUGGACAGCUGAAGGAGAGGGAAAAUGUAUGGCAAAUGCAGUGUUAUGUGGAUAAAUAUGAAGUUAUCCACUUCAAUGGAUCCACAGCAAGGCAGGUUGUUAUCUAAAUGGUGAGAGUUUAGGAAAGAGGUGAGGAAGUGAAGGGUUAAGAAUUGCAACCAUACCUAUAACUGGCAAGCAAAAAAUAUAUAUAUUUGCAUUUAUAUUUCUUUAGCAAGGACUAGCAAGCUGCUGACCCACUAGUUAGGUUGGAAUGUUAAGUAUGUUAACUGCCUUUGUUUCGGGUAACGACGGUGGCGAUACUGAGUGUAAUUAACAUCGAGGUAAAGACUUGGUCUGAACAAUGAAGGGUGAUACCUGCCUUUGAAAGCCUUGACUAUAACUCAAUUAUACUAAGACAAAAGGUGUAAUAGCUGUCUCGAGAUCUCUAUAGCUUGACCGAAACUUGCGGCGCCAUUUGCAUGGGAUGUGCGUGACAAUUCCUGUAUAAAUGUCUGUCUGCCCUUUGUUCGGGGAGAACUCGGGAAGCGACUCUUAGUGAGUGCUGAAGAGAAUUCUCCUAGCGGUGCACUGCUAAUAAAGG